CCGCCCGCUAACUCUUCUUGUCAGGUUCGCUGGAGCAACACUCGAGUGUACGUCGUUGUUGUGUUGGUAGCAGUUGUGUGUUUGUGUUCUUCAAAUAAUCAAAUAUAAUGGCCACCGAAGUCGAGAACAACGCGCCGCCCGCCGCCGCCGAGACCAAGGAGAUCAAGGAGGAGACGACGCCGGCCGCCGACGCCAAAGCCGAGGAGGCGAAGCAGGAAGCCGGCGGCGACGCCCCCAAGGACAAGGAGCCGGCGCCCCCCAAAGUGCUAGUGCACAAAUCCAACUACGAAAAAGAUGUCGUUUAUCUUUACCAGUUUUCACGAACGCCGCUUCUGCCAUCCUUGUCGCCCUUCUGCCUCAAAGUCGAGUCUUGGCUGAGACUGGCUGGCAUUAAAUACGAGAAUGUGGACCAUAAAAUGAAAUACCGCUCAAAAAAAGGCCAACUGCCCUUCGUGGAGAUAAACGGCGAGGAGAUCGCCGACAGUACAAUCAUCAUCAAAGAGCUUUCGCAAAAGUUCGGACACGAUCUCGAUGCUGCUCUUACUCCCGAACAAAGGAAUAUCGCUCACGCCUCCAUCUCCAUGGUUGAGAAUCACCUCGCAUGGGUGGUGAUGUGGUGGCGCACCAAAUAUCCAGAACUAGUGCUCAAAGGAUAUAAAGUUAAUUUGCAACAUGCUCUCGGCACGAGGAUACCCAACGGAAUUCUCAACUUCUUUUUCAAAUUCGCCUUCGGGAGGAAGUGGUUCCAGGGUACCAAGAAAGUAAAGGCUCAGGGUAUAGGAGUGCAUUCGGCCGACGAAAUCAACGCUUUCGGCCAAGGAGAUCUCAAAGUGCUCUCUGACAUGUUAGCGGACAAACCGUUCUUCUUCGGCGACGAACCAACAACUCUGGAUGUAGUCGUAUUUGCACAACUAGCACAAAUUUACUUUAUCGAUAAGGAAGUUAGUUAUGCAUUGCGCGAUUAUAUGACAGAGUCGUGUCCGAAUCUCGUUGGUUUGGUGAAUCGCAUGAAGGAGAGAUGUUUCCCCGAUUGGGACGAUAUUUGCAGCACGUUGGACUUGAACUCGCAUUUGCCAAAACCGGAAGAGGCCAAGGAUAACAAAGAAGGAGGCAAAGACGAGAAGGAAGGAGACCAGGAGAAGGAACCCGACGAUAAAGAUAUCGAAAAAGAAAAGGCUGACGAGAAGGAGAAAGACAAGGGCAAGGAAAAAGAAACGGAGGAAAACAAAGAGAAAGAAACAAAAUAAAGAGACUGAGUCUCCAUAAGCCCACUGCCGAGGCAAGUAUCCCCUCCUUACCCUCCUCACUUAACCCUUUGACUCUCUUUUCAUUUAAAUCUCGACUACGUGCAACCAUCUAGUUUUAAGACUCAUUCAUAUUGUAACACUUUUUAAUGAAAAUAUGAAAUUAUACUCUUGUCAACGAUUUAUUUAUGUAGUUUUUUUUAUCUAUUAUAGAGGACAGUUUUAUCAAUAAAAUAUAUUCAUUGCUAGUUAAGAAUACUUGUUUGUAUAAAUAAUUUUAGCUAGGUUUUUUAUUGUAAGCAAUUGUAUGUCUGAAAAACUUUGGGAAACAUUGCAUGGAUUUUAAACACGAUGACGAUAUGCCAUGCUUCUUAAAGUUUAUCCAUGUUAGUGCAGUCUUAAUGUAAGAAGUAUAACCCAAUUAGUAGUGCAUUUAUAUUCAUUGUAUUCAUUCCACAUUUUAACAUUGCAUCACAAAAUUAACAUAGCUUGACCGUAUCUAUUGUAGAUUUUUGUAUUUUUUUAUUGGAUCAUUUUUAAGAUAACGAAAAAUUAAAAACAAACUUUUGACAAAUUGUAUAUGGAUUGCAGUGUAUUUCUGAAGCUCAAUAGAUUGACUAGCAUGUUAAAAAUAUAUUUUAGAUUUUAUUAUAAGUUUAUUUGAACUUACAACUGUGUUGUAUGCUAUAUUACAAUUUAAAUAAAUAAAUUGGUAUUUUAA